CGGAGGGUUAAGAGGGCGUGAAACGAAUCUGUGGAGGAGAUGGGGGCCCCCGCGUCUUCUCUGACCACCGAUCUUGCAAGGAAACGGUGAAAGCCAUGGAGGAGGAGGCUGGGCCAGCGAAGGCCCUGUCUAUGCAGCAGAGCAACGUCAGUGGCAUCAGCAGGAAGGAGUCCCGCGUGAGCCGAAAGGACUCGCAGCAGAUACGAUGGUCGCAUCUGUCCGCCGGUGUCCUGGCUGUGCUGGGCGUCUGUGCCAUGAUAACAGGUGCAGCAGAUGGUCAAAAAGGGGGGCAAACCGUCACUUUGAUCUCAGGGCUUCAAGGAUGCUUGUUAAAAUUUGAUCAUGUGCAGUUGUUGUGAUGGAUUUCACGACUGCAUCAUCAAACAUCAUCGACAAGCUGACCUGCAAGACCAGCCACGACGUGCCGCAAAUAUACGAUUUCGCCUUCCAGGAGGAGGACCCCGAGGAGACGGGUAGGUAACUCACAAGUCUGGCGCACAGGAGAGAAGGAAGAGGACACAAUGUGCUCAAUUAAUGCUGGCAUUCAGGCCCUGCUGCGUCUGUGGGAGGCGCCGGGCCAGCUCCAGGAGGCCCCCUCUUGCCGGUCGUGCCAUCGGCUAUCCCUUUGGGCGGCCCAUCAGCCUUUCCAGUGAUUCCCGCCUUCCCAUCGGUUUUCCCCUCUGCCUUUCCGUCGGGAGCCCCAGGGCCUGCGUCUAGCGUGUGCUUGGCGCCUGACUGCACGGACGCCCAGAAUGAGUUCAACACGAUGGACGGGGACGCAUCGACCUGCAUCACAUGGACAGAGAUGAGCUCAUCGCCGAAUGGGCUGCUCUGUAAGUUUUGGUAGAGGGGAAAGAGGAGCAGCACUGCCAGCCUGUAUGACGACACUGAGAACUGCCCUGCCAGAUGCGCCUGACGAGAAUUUAUUCAACACGACCAUAGCUGCACUGGAGCUCCUCCACGGCGCGGAGACGCCCGUGCCGGCCGAGGCCCCGUGUUUCACCUUUCGCCUGUUUGCCCUGAUGUAUACGCUCGAAGUGAGCGACUGUGGCGACUGCACCAGGCUGAGGGCCAGAGAGCUGCAGACGGUGAUCGGACCGGAGAGCAGCAGCGAUACGAGUGAGCACGGUGGGAGGUGCAUUGGACGUGCGUGUCCAAUGUCGCUAUGUGUGUGGCAUGGCAUACAGGGUGCUCUGACGAGGAGUUCGCUGUGGCUCUUGGGAGCACUUUUCUUGCCUGCUUUGCCAGUGUGGGUGUUAGCUUCCUCAUCAGAGGCGCCGUUUAUAGGUAGGUAGGCCGGACAGGGAAAGAGAGGCUCUCUCGGCUUGGCAUCAUUGAUUGAUUGAUGUGUGUGUGGUUCCUUCCGCUUCAGCUUUCUGACGUCUGUGUGGUGGUCGAAGGACGGUCUGUACAAGAAAUAUAGGACUGGCCUGUUUUCCUACGUGUGCGCCCUCACUUGCAUCGUCCCAUGUACCCUCCACAUCCACAUGAGGCGCGAGACACGCAACUUCGUGUUUGUGCCUGCCUGUGCUCACGCAGGUUUCCUGUACUGGUGGUACUUCACUGUUGAGGGGGUGUACGUCACUCUGGCUGCCAUCAGUGCAUCCUCGUUGGCUCUGCUGUUGCACGCCGUCCCGCCGGGUCAGGUAGAGCUGCUGCGGGUGACGACCUUCCACACGGGCAAGACCAUGAACCUAGCAUUCGUUGACGGCUCGUGCAAACACGACGUCACCAGGUGACUCCUGGCAGCACUAGAUGCAUCGUGCACCAUGCACGUACAGUACACAUCAAUCAUGAUGAAUAUCGAUCAGUGGCAUGCGGCGCGGCAUCACAUGGAUGGACGGCAACAAGCAAGAGGAGCACAUCGAAGAGGAAGAGGACGAGGAGGAGGCGGGAGACACGAAAGUGGCGGAGGGGAUGCAUGUGAGCCUCUACCAAUCACCACACGACGGCCCUGGUCGACAACAACAUCAGCAGCAGCAGCAGCAGGAAGAGCAUGACAGCAAAGGAGGAGGGCCGCUGUCCCCUGCAGACGAUGCAGAUGUUCGUCUGGAGGAGGGGCGGCAGGAGGAGGACAUCAGCAAUAUGCAUGUCGGUGGUGGUAUUGGAGGUCAGACAUUGGCCGAGCCACUGCAUCAGGUCAGAGCUGUUGACGACUCCUUCUGACCGAGCAACUGACGUGCUCAUUUGCUGCCGCAGCAGACACAACGUGAGUACCCCUGGGUGACUGCACUUUGCAUACGUACGCAAAAUGGAUACAUGGUUGGAUGACAUUGGGGUGUACAUGUGUGUGGGAACGGGGCACCAGCCCACUGUAGUGAGUGAGGUAGCAGUCUACAGGAGUAGCUAUAGAGGGAGGGGGCUCUGACAAUGAAAGACGACUGCACUG